AAACGAAGUACAGAUCUGUCAACGAAACCAAGGCUCAAAUCUGUGGAUUGUUGACCAGCAGAAGAGAGCAAACGUGUUCGGAGAACUGGGUCGAUAAUAAAGACCGGUGUUAUUUCGUAUCCACGUUUGUAGCACCUUUCCGCCGAGCGAUUCAAGAAUGUUCAAACCGUGAUUCAAGGCUGCUGGAAAUCAAUUCAAGGGAUGAAGCGAGUUUUGUUUCCCGCUCUCUUGUCCCCAAAAACAACGUUUACUGGAUUGGUCAAUGCACGACAGGGAAUUUUGACAUUGGUCGGCUGUUCAAGAUUUCCUCUGGAAGCUCCUCCUGCAAUGUAUGUAUAUCGAAUGAAUGGCGUGGCAACUGCCUCCGUGAUAAUCACCAUUUCAUCUGCGAGAAGUCCGCACGUUCCCACCCAGAUAUUCCUGAAAAGAUCCAGGUUCUCUGUCAACUGCUCGGAGAGCCGACUUGAAUCAAAUGAUUACCCUGUCUUUCACUUCCUUAUCCGUCCUCCACUCUUUGACCCCAUCCUGUCAAAAUCCUCCCUACUUUCUCUGACCCUGCCUGCUGAUCUAAUCUCCACUUUUCGCAACCACAUUCUCCCCACCACACAUGGACAAACCCCUCUCCCCAUCUAUGACCUUCUUUAUCGCCAUCCCUCCACCAUCCCGCUCUUCCACACUCCCUCUAACUCUCUCUCUCUACCCCCUCUCCUCACCCUAUUUCCUCGAGCUUUCUCCGCCUGCAGUUUCUCCGCUCUCUCAUCCAAACUUUUCUCUAUCUCUCUCGAUUCUCCCUCUCUACCGCACUCUCUCCCUCCCCUUUCCGUUUCCUCUAACACCACCGCCUCACGGAUUCAUCCCUCUUUCUCCUUUCCACCCACUCUCACCACAGUCCUGUCCAGUCUGGUUCUCCAUACCCCAACUCUGGGUAAAUGUCUUUGCACAUUCCUUCUGCCUGUGCCCCUCUUGAGUUUAUGCAACUCUGUAAGGUUACAGUCACGCACCAGGGAAGAAAGACCACUUCCUCUCUCCAUCUCUGCCCCUCGAGUCCCGUAUAUUCCUGUAAAUCUUUCCGGCUCAAUGUCAUUUUCCCCAGAGCAGAGCGACCAAAACUGUGCGGCCUCUCCGACGUCCUGUACCACGGCAACGUGACCUCCCGACUCCUGUAUUCAGAGUCCUGACCAGUGAAG